UCAAUGCUUUCGGGCUGGGAACCCUGCGGGGGGCCGGCUGGGGCUGGCUGGGGCCUUGGCCCCCCACGCCGGCGCCGGUGGCAACAGCAGCACUUGCCUGAACUCCGGGCGCCCCCGCGGCCGCUCCCGCCCAGAGGGGUGGAGGUCUCGGACCCGUGGCCGUCUGCGAACCUCCUGUUCGGGCUCGGCCUCCGCCUCGGGUACCGGCUCGGGCCUGGCCUUGGCCUCCAAAACAACCUGGGCGAUGGGGCCCCCGGGAGGAGGAUCCCUGGCUUCGGAGCACACCCACCUGAUGCAAGGAGACCCGGCCACCUUCAGGUCCGCUCUGCGCGGACUACUCAACUGUACGCGCUUCAGUGAUGUGCGAUUCGUGGUGGGCCAAGACCGGAGAGAAGUGCUCGCCCACCGCUGCGUCCUGACCUCCCGCUGUGACUACUUCCGCCAGCUCCUGGGGACUGAGCUCCCCAAUAAGGCUUGGCAAGAGGAGCCCGUAGUCCUGGCCGACGUCCCCGCAGAGGCCUUCCUGACGGUGCUGGAAUUCCUCUAUACCAAUAGCAUCACCCUGGACCGGAGAACGGUCCUGGAAGUGCUGAUUUCAUCGCUGGAAUAUGGGCUGUCUGAGCUUCGAGAGCUGUGUGUGGAAUUUGUGGUACAGAACCUGGACGUGGAGCUGGUGUGUGAGGCCCUCCAGGUGGCGGUGACCUUUGGGUUGCGGCUCUUACGGGACCGGUGCCUGAAUUUCAUCGACUGCCACGCCCAGGACGUACUGAGGACGCCGGCCUUCCACGAGCUUUCAGCUGCCGCCCUCGUGCCCGUGCUGCGAAGUGACCGCCUGGCGGUGGACGAAGUGGAGCUUAUUGCUGCCACCCGCCACUGGGCGCGGGUCAGCUCGGCCGUGCUGGAGCAGCCCAUGGUGGAGGUGGCCCAGUCCGUGGUGGGAGAGCUGCGGCUGCCUCUGCUCAACGCCGCCGAACUCAGCACGCUGGAGGAGCAGAACCGAGUAGAGCCCUUCAUCCCGGUGGAGCAGAUCGCCGAGGCCUGGAAGUGCCACGCCCUGCGCCGGGGAGAAUCGAUCCGCGCAGCGAGCUUCCUGGGUCGCCGCCGGAAGGGGACCACGCCCCGCGAGCACCACCGCUACCUGGAAUCGUCCUAGUGACGGAGCUGGCCUGGAGCCCCCCAGGCCUCGGGAGACGCCCCAGCCUUGCUCUGAACUACAGCUGCCGGCGUCCUCUGCGCCCACGGGAGCUGCAGCUCCCGGCAUUCUCCACGCUGUUUCUCCCACCCCUCACCCCCCACCCCCCCCUUUGAACACCUCGAUUCAGAAUUCCAGCUUCCAGUCCCCUUUGCGGGGUCUGUGACCCGGCUGGAGCUGGGCGCGAAAAAGGACCUCAGCGUGCAACUGCGGCUACUCUUGCAGCCCAGCCCUCUCCCCGAUCUCUAAGCGCCCUCACUACCUGCAUUCAUUCUCAGGAUUUUCUAUCCCCAGCCUGGACAUCCUCCCAGAUUCCCAAGGCCUCACACAAACACACAGACACAGCUAAUGGGUGGUGGAGGCAGGACUGGAACCCCGGUGUUCUGUCCCCCAGCCCAGAGCUUUCCCCUUGUCUCACUUCAUUCUCCUAGUUACCUCAUCAGCGUCCAUAAGCACAAAGCCCAUGAAUGCCGCUGCCAUACCUGCCGAUUCAUACAUGCCAAGCUUCACCUCUCUCCUGAGGUCCAGCCCCAAAUUACCAGGUAGACACAUCUCCCCUUCGAGCUCAGCCCGUCCCUCCUCCAAGCCCUUCCCUCUGCUUGAUUGUCCAGGGCACCAUCCCCCCGUCACCUAGACUCAGGACCUCUGAGUAGUUGAUCCUCGACCCCCCUCUCUUCACUUACCAUAAUCAAGCCCAUUGCCAAGCCUGGCAGUUUCUAUCUCCACAACAUUAGUGGAACCUGACCUCUCUCUUUUCAAGCAAAUUUUAUUAUCAGCUCAGUAACCACCUCGAAACCAAAACUAAACGAAGGCACCAAAUCGUCAGCUCCGGGCAGUUCGUGUAUCACUGGAAGGGGACGUCUAGAACAAAAAGCUCACAGCAAAGGCCUGGGCCAGGGCUCAGGGCCUCUCUCCGGCUUCCUACUGUCUAACACCGUCAAGUUUCUUCCUGUUAUUUCUCAUCUGCUGGGCUCUCAGCUUGGCCUAAUUGCAUGCUGAGUCUUCUUGGCCCUAUGACCUUCCGUGUAUCGGUCUUGUGUUUGUCAUCUCAUCUGCCCCAAUAAUGUUCUCGGAUGACGCUCACAGCCCUCGUGAUUCAGACAUUCCCCAGUCCGGCACGUGGGUGGAUUCCAUUUUUUCACUAUUACAAAUAAAGCUGCUAGUAAUA